GGCGGUGUUAUGAAGAAUAUCACGUGGGUUGAUUGAUAUUAUUAUAGAAUUAUUUGAAAUGGCUAAUCCGCUGUUUGAAUCAUUCAGUGGAUCUGAUUUUGUCGAAAAUGUAGUAAUGUCUGUUGAUGAAUUGUUUCCAUUCAAGGAAGAUCUUAACCAAGAAUUACAUGAAGAUGUAGAUUUCCUUAAUAUUAGUUACAUGGAAGUAGAUCUACAGCGAAUCCUUCUCAUACUGAAACAUCCAGCGAAUCUUUACUUCACAGGUUCAUUGUAUGUUGAAUGCUUAUCGGGUGCUGUUGGUGUUCAUGGGUUUACUGUGAGACCUGGAUGUGACCCUUAUUUUGUGGUUAGUGGUUAUGGACAGAGUGCUAAGUGCUUUUCCUCAAUAGGAGACAGGAAAAUUAGUGUCAGUUUAAGCGAACUAGAAAUAGAAUUAUCUAAACGAAAUAUUUUUAAAUUAUUUGAAGAUCAACUUGAACAAAUGUGUGCAGCAUCUUGCGUUUUAAUUCUAUCUAAGUCUGGUGACAAUGAUCUACCUAUCCUUGAUAUGUUUAAGCUACCAAAAUUUCAAUGUUUUGAAAUUUCCAGAAACAGCAGUUUUUCUUAUUUUGAUAAACUUGAGGACUGGUUGGGUUGUAUAUUUGACUUCAGUUCAGGUAGUCGCAUUCCACAGAAGAUGAAGUACGAUCAAUCUAUAAGAAAUUUGGCUAAUGAUUGCUUUCGUUGGGAAGAUCCAAGAGUUAUGAUCUGUGGUGGUAAAGGUGUAGGAAAAUCAACAAGCCUUCAAUAUCUUAUAAACAGAAUGUUUGAAAAGUGGUCAGCUGUUGUUGUCAUCGAUUUUGAUAUAGGACAACCAGAAUUCUCUAUUCCUGGGUGUAUAUCUGUCAACCUGAUUCAGAAACCAAUAUUAGGUCCUUAUUUUAAUAAUUUUUAUGAACCACUGAGGUCGAUAGUAAUUGGUCAUGUUAACCUAGAUGUGUGUUUGACCAAAUAUUUUGCUGCUGUUGAAGAGUUGCAUAAAUAUUGUUCAUUAAAUCAAGAUAUACUUAAUUUCCCUUGGUUCAUCAACACAAUGGGUUAUAUAAAAGGUUUUGGUCUGCCACUGAUUGCAAAAACAAAUUUUUUAUUUAAUCCAACACACGUUCUCCAGAUUAAUAGUUCAACGGAACCAAAUUUGAACAUUCUUCCAUUGACUCCAGAAAAUAUACAUGAAAUGCUCGAGUGUUCAGUUCUACAUAAUUCAUUUUCAUUAUUUGACUGUGAUUUUCGAAUUGCAGACAAUUAUUCAUUAAUAUCAGUAACUGCUCAAAAAUUGAAAAAUCCUGUGUUUGUACCACCCAGAGUUUCAAGAGAAAUCAGGGUUAUUUCUUAUAUGAUUUCAAAUGGAUUAUCUUCAGAAUCAGUCAUUAUUAGUAUGAAACUGGGUCAUAAAUCACAGAAAGAAAUAAAACAUUAUAAUAGAAAUAAGGUGAUAGCAAUUUGUAUUCCUUACUACAAAAGAAGUUUUAUGCAAUGUGUUGGCUAUGGUAUAAUAUUGGAAAGAGAGGACGAUAUAGUAACUUUUCAGACACCAGUAAAGGAGGAUAUUUUCUUAAAUGAGACUGAUUUAGAUAUUUUCGUAUUAGAAUUGGGUCUGCGAAAUUCUUCGUGGGAUGGAAUUAACUUAAAAUAUCCAAAUCAUGAUAAGGAGCAUGAGGACAUAAUUAAUCUUGGAAAUAAUUUUAGCAAUUUUGAUUUCUUGUUUUAAUUUAGUUUCAUAAAUUUUUGUGUACAUCAUGGUGAAUUCUUAAUAUUCUGUGAUUUAAGAAAAGACUAGAUAUUUAGUGCAUUUAAUUAAAAAUAUAUUUUCUAAGUUAGUAAAUACAUCCUAUAAAUCUAAGAAUUUUUGACUUAUUUGCUUCCUAAAUAAGUUUCUAAUCUUUGUUAAAACAAACAUGUUUGUAAAUUUAGAGAUUAAAAUAUAUUUAGGAAUAAUUUCAUUGAAAUUCUG